AUCGGGGCCGAAAAGGGUUGCAGCGCAACUUCGCUAAUCGGUCGCAUCCUCUUAUCUAUUCCCUUUCUGUAGCUGCUGUUGAGCAACGAUAGCUUAUCUCUCAAAUUUCUUUCCAAUCCGCCAUGGACGACACCAGCCUCAAGAUCCUCCUCGUCGGAAAGGGGGGUCGCGAACAUAGUCUAGCUUGGAAAUUAACCCAGAGUCCAUUGGUCGAACACGUCUACGUUGUGCCAGGAAAUGGAGGGACAAGCGGACUUCCCAAAAUUCGGCGAUCCCGAGACUCAGACGAUGAUGAUGCUUCUGGCACCAGAAUGCGACCUUGCCGCUAUCUUAUUUGCCUGUGCCAUGGGCAAACUGGCCACAGUGCCUAUUCUGCUUCUCCCCGGUUACGCCUGCAAUGUCGUCGUCGCAGCAGGUGGCUAUCCAGAAUCUUAUUCCAAAGGAGAUACUAUAGAGUUAGGGCCAUACCCUGAAGGCGUCCAGGUCUUUCAUGCAGGGACUGAGAGAAACACCAAUGGCGAGCUCAAAACGGCCGGUGGGCGUGUUUUCUCCGUCGCCGCUUACGGACCCAGCCUCGAGGAAGCAGUGUCUUUGGCAUAUAGGGGUGUAGAAAGCAUUCGAUUUAAGGACAUAUUCUAUCGAAGGGAUAUUGCUGCACGAGGUCUCCAUAGCCACUGAGAAAAGAUGUUGAGCCGGGUGGUCUCAUGACCCAUCAGUGAUGGCCUGUUCAGACGAAGUUUGUGUGGAGUUACGUGAUGAGAUCUGGGUAUGGACUUUGCGGGUAGAUUUGGUGUGCGUGUGUACAUCAGCAUGUCAGCCCCAAUGA